AUGCUGAACAACUCAGAUGAGCUUGAACGAAUAAAAUCUGAGUUUAGUAAGUAUAUUAUUGAUGCAAAUUCCCUAAAGAAGACCAAACUAAUCGGCAAAGGUGGCUAUGCCGAAGUUUGGCUCGUUACUGAUGAAGAAGGGAAUAGUAAGGGCGCGUUGAAGCAAUUAUACAGCGAAUGCAUUACAGAAAAAGAUAUAGUUAACUUUACACGUGAAGUACAGACUCUUGCCGCAUCAAAUCAUCCAUUUUUUGUUAAAUUUUUAGGUUUUUCUCCCCAAUUUCCAUUAUCCAUUUUAACAGAAUAUAUUCCAAAUGGAUCUCUAUUUAAGCUAAUGCGAUCUGAAUCAAAAUCGAAAAUACUGACAGGAUCUAAAAAAACAGUUAUUGCCAUGGGUGUCGCCAACGCAAUGCAUUUUCUUCAUCUACAAGGUAUUAUCCAUCGCGAUCUUAAGUCAAUGAAUGUCUUACUUGACUCAAAAUACUAUCCCAGAAUUUGUGAUUUUGGUAUCGCGAGAAUUUACAGAGAAACUCCACAAAUAAUGACAGUAAAUAUCGGUACUCCCCAUUGGAUGGCACCAGAGGCCCUUAAUGGAGAAAAAUACGGCUUCCCUUUCGAUGUAUAUUCAUAUGGAAUGUUAUUAUACGAACUUUUAACAGAAAAAAUACCCUGGGAGAACGUUAACCAAGAAGUUGUUAUGAGAUUAGUUAUGAUCGAAGGCAAACGACCUCAAAUUCCUCAAAAAACUCCUCAACAAUUGAAAGAUUUGAUUGAAAAAUGCUGGGCUCAAAACCCAGACGAAAGACCAACAUUCGAAUAUAUCUACGAGCAAUUUGCGAGCGGAAACGUCUCAUAUCCUAACGCAAAACAAGAAGAUAUCGACGAAUUAAAAGAAUUUCUUGAAAAUAACGGUUUUAUGAUCCAACAUAAAGAAAAACGUGUAAAGAAAGUAAAAUUAGUCAGAAAUUCGACAUCCGAAGUUUUAUACGAAUUUUCUGAUUUAACCACGAAUAAUCCGAAAAUUCAGACCACCCUGAAGAAGGCGCUAAGUAAUCUGAAUGACCAGAACUGUAAGUUGUUCUGGAAGCAAAUUUCCCCUCUUUUGUCGCCAAAUGUACCAAGAACUACUCAAUUAUUCGUAAUUAACAAUAUACCGGAAGCCAUUACGACCAAAGCAAUAGCUAGAGAGGCUAUUGCGGCAGGAAUUCAUAAAUUAGUUGAUUAUUGUGACUUUGAAGCACAAAAUUCAGCAUUAACACUUUACCAUCGAUUAUUUACAUUUUUCCCUGAAGGAAUUAAUAGUUCAUUCCAUUCUGAAAUGGACCAAAUCAUUGCAAAUGAUAUAAAAUCAGCGUUAAUUUUAUUACAAUUAUACUCUCAAGGAUUCAAAGACAAUAAAGAUCCUUGGGACAUUCUCGAUAUACUACUGACUUCGGAGAAGAAGUUUCUGAAGAGCGAUUACGCAACUGAGUACAUAGAAACUUUAUAUUAUUUAUGUUCGACUCACAAAGACUACGCGAAGGCAAGACUUGAGAAUUGUGCAGAUGUAUUCUUCGAAACUGCCGAAACGGCUUCGAAAAUGUCAACUUCUGUUCAAGCUCUCAAUUCUAUCGUUUCUCUUUCCAUUUGUGCCCAUUCCAAAUUGUCCGUACAGAGGUUAACUGAACUUCUCAAAGACGAAAAUUGCGCAAAUCCGACAGUUACCUUUUUAUUGCAUUGUCCAACGGUAGAAGCGAACCCAGAGAUCAUCCUUGCACUGUUUAAGACUGCGCAAAGGGGUAACGAGAACGCAAUCUUUGUUUUAUGCACAAUUGCCGAGAAAUUUGAUUAUGCAAGGAUUAUUUCACGAGAUUUAAGCUGGAUUAUUGAUCCUUUGCCUACAAUACUGAGCACAUUGCGAUUGUUCCUUGUUAUGUUCAGACACAAAGAUCUCAGAGAGAAAUUAUUGUUGAAUUCGAAUUUGACACGAAUGUUUUCUAAGUUGUUACAUGAAAAAGACCAAACAAGUGCAAUUAUUAUUGUCCAGCUCAUUAUUUUGUACCCUAAUCCAUCGAAAGACUUGAUACAGAAGUUGAAAAAGAACAAAGUUUUGAAGAGAUUACUUGAUUUGUGUGUUGCAUCAAAUAACAUCGAAGUUCUUAAGUCAAUGGUGCAUUUGGUAUCAUUUCUUAGCGAAUUCGGUGAUUCCUCUGAGUAUUUGAUUGCAAUUCCUAAGCUUUGGGACAUUGUCAAGACAUCUAGUUCAAUAACUCUUGAUGCAAUUGUUACAAUUGUUAAUUUGAGUAAGUACCAACUUUGCGCUUUGAAAUGCAAGGAAUUGGGAAUGAUACAGUUCUUUAAAGAGAUUUCGUCUGAUCCUUCAUACACAGAGAUCUCCGCAACAUUCAUUGCAAAUAUCGCAGCUGCAGAUAUCGAUAAAUAA